AUGACAAUCAAUGGAGAUGAGCUUGGAAAGGCUUUGUUAGAAGCUUCCACGGAGAACAAGACUCUGAUAAUAGCCGUUGUAAAUAAAGCCUACGUCGAGGGCGACAAGUCGAUGCUUGAUCUGUUCUUGGAUGGUUUCUGGCUCGGAGAGGAUACUCGGGCAUUAACCGAUCACCUCUUGAUCGUUACCGUCGAUCAAACGUCCUAUGAACGAUGCAAGUUUCUUCGGCUUCACUGCUACAAGCUUGAAACUGACGGAGUAGAAUUUGCCGGCGAGAAACUGUACCUGUCUCAGGAUUUUGUUAAGAUGAUGUGGAGAAGAACCCUAUUCCUCGGUGACGUGCUCAAGCGUGGUUACAACUUCAUCUUCACGGACACUGAUAUAUUGUGGCUAAGAAAUCCAUUUCCAAGGUUGAGUCUAAACGAAAGCAUUGACUUCCAAAUCAGUACCGACAGGUUCACCGGCGACCAGUGGUCUGAAAAAAACCCAAUCAACACCGGCUUCUACAUCGUCAGAUCAAACAACAAGACCAUUGCCCUUUUCGAUAAAUGGUACGCCCAGAAAGACAACUCCUCCGGAAUGAAAGAACAAGAUGUUCUGCAAAUGCUGAUUCGUGAAGGUGGUGUGCUCGGAGGGUUAGGCCUUAGAGUGAGGUUCUUGAACACCCUUUAUUUCAGUGGAUUCUGUGAGAAGAGCAAGGAUGUUAGAGCUGUUGUAACUGUUCAUGCCAAUUGUUGUCGGAGUAUAAGUGCCAAGGUGGCCGAUCUGACUGCUGCAAUUCAUGAUUGGAAGAGGUUUAAGAGCUCAUCUGCCAAUGAUACCUUGGGCUUUCAAUGGUCGAACAACAUUGCCUGCAAAAAAUCAUGGAGGCAUGGAUGA